CCGGGCGGACGCGGCGCGGAGCGAUCCACAGCCGAACCGCGCGAGGCCGCCCGAGCCCCGGCCCCGAACCCCGAGCCCCGAGCGAGUGCAGCCGCGGCCGCCGCCUCGCGCCAGCGGGUCCCUGGACAAGCCGCCGCCGCCGCCAGGAAGGCAGCCGGCGCCCAGCAAGUUGCGAGCGCGCUUCUCCGCCCGGGGAAAGUUUCCCUCGCGGCCGCCGGCAGGAGUUGGCGAGGGGUCCAGCCGCUGCCUCUGGAAGAGCUUACCUAGAAGCCACCAUCAGAAAGAGACCUCAAGAGAGUCCUGACAGCCCUGAAGGGAAAAGACACCCGUUGAAAGAGGUGGACACCUCCUGGAUAGUCCCAAGCUUGCAGUGGCCAGAGCUUCUGACGCUGUCCUCAAAGCCACUUGAACCCUUUGAAUUUGGCUUCGAGAAACGUGGGCACCUACCUUUUCCAGACCUUCCCACGCUGGCCACCCAGGACAAGCUGGGCCAAUAAAAGAAAUAUACAGGAGCCCCUCUGACCAGGAGACUCCGUCUGCUGACGCCUAAAGAACUGCCCAGGCGGAGCACCAUGGAAGGCGACUGUCUGAGCUGCAUGAAGUAUCUGAUGUUUGUUUUCAAUUUCUUCAUAUUUCUGGGCGGGGCCUGCCUGCUAGGCCUCGGCAUCUGGGUCCUGGUGGACCCCACCGGCUUCCGAGAGAUUGUGGCUGCCAAUCCCCUGCUCAUCACGGGCGCCUACAUCCUCCUGGCCAUGGGAGGCCUGCUCUUCCUGCUCGGCUUCCUGGGCUGCUGUGGGGCUGUCCGUGAGAACAAGUGUCUGCUGCUGUUUUUCUUCCUGUUCAUUCUGAUCAUCUUCUUGGCAGAACUCUCGGCGGCCAUCCUGGCCUUUAUCUUCAGGGAAAAUCUCACCCGUGAAUUCUUCACCAAGGAGCUCACCAAGCACUACCAGGGCAACAAUGACACAGAUGUCUUCUCUGCCACCUGGAACUCGGUCAUGAUCACAUUUGGUUGCUGUGGGGUCAACGGGCCUGAAGACUUUAAGUUUGCAUCCGUUUUUCGACUCCUGACUUUGGACAGUGAGGAGGUGCCGGAGGCCUGCUGCCGAAGAGAACCCCAGAGUCGGGAUGGGGUCCUGCUGAGCAGGGAGGAAUGUCUCCUGGGAAGGGACCUGUUCCUGAACAAGCAGGGCUGCUACACGGUGAUCCUCAACGCCUUCGAAACCUACGUCUACCUGGCUGGAGCCCUCGCCAUCGGGGUGCUGGCCAUCGAGCUUUUCGCCAUGAUCUUCGCCAUGUGCCUCUUCCGGGGCAUCCAGUAAAGGGUGUGACCUGAAGCCUGAAGACUCAUCCCACCCAUCACUGCCCAGCACCCAAGCCCUCCCUACCCUCCCCCACACCCUUGCCCCCUUGACCCUGGGGGCGGGGGAGCCGGGGAGGUGAGGCCAUCAUGAGUGGCUAGGAGAAGGGACGGGGAAAUCGCUAUUUUUUUAACAAAACAAAAUGACAAAAAUAUGGACUGAUGUACCCCGCCUGGAUUCCAGUGGGAGCCAUGGGCUCGGCACAGGUGCCCCAGCACCUGCACCCAAGAUGCCGACUGCACUGGAGACCAAAGGGACGUCAGUCCUAGGUCCCCUCCUCGGCCCAGCCAGACUCUGGCAGCCCUCAGUGCUUCAUGGCCAGGUGCCAAGAAAGUGAGAAUUCAGGCGACAAGAAGGCAAAAGCAAAUCUCGGAGCGAAGUCGCCAAAGCCCAGGGGACCCAAGGAGACAUGGUCAACACCUCCAGUCCUUGAGGACUUGGCACCUACACGCAAUCCCUGGUCCUCCGGUGGAUGGAGUUAUCCCUGCUCCGGCUGGGGCCCAGGGUAGGCUGCGGACACUGGACCCCGUGGCCCAGCUGCUGGUCUCCUUGCUUUCCGCAGCUGUUGGACCAAAUCUGGAAGGCGCAGAUUCUCAUCCACAGUCACACAGCAUAUGCAUGACAGUUCUGAACGAGAACUGGGUCAUCUCCAAGCUGCCUGUCCGUCCCUCCAGGGCUCCGUUAGUCCAGCAGAUCUGCGGCUCACACCCCUCCCUGGCCUCAGCAUUGUGGUUUCCCCAGAAGAGACAGCAGAGUGGUCAGGAACUGCGUCUUCCCAGCUCCACAGCUAAGACAUUUUAGGACUCUGUCGCCCCGCCCUCCUCUCACCUCCCCACACUUGGAAGCCCCCAGAAACACACACAUGCACACACAUCAGAGUCCCGUUUCCACACUGCCCACCUCUCCCUACAAGCUGUCGCUUUCCCUGUUCUCCACCAAUUCCCUGGCUCGGCUGGAAGGAGCCCCCAAGAUCAUGGGUUCUCCUCUCCCCACCCAGAACUGUGGCUUGGGUAUCUUCUAUAAGGUCCCCAACAAGACAUCUCCACCCUCUUCAUGAACACCUCCAGGGGCGGGGAGUUUACUACCUCCCAAGACAACCUCUGCCUUCGGACUGCUCUGACUAUAGCGUCAGCUCAAUACACGAGAUUUUCCUGUGGUUUUUUCCGUGGCACCCCACUUGCUCUGCCUCCUUUCCUAAGUGUUAAGGCCACAUGUUGUCUCACCCCGAGCCCUGUUAUCUCCAGGCUAAAGAACUUCCGGGCAUCUCAUCAUUUCUGCGGUGACAUGGUUUUCUGUCCCUUCACUGUCCAUAGCACAUUUCUGAGUGCUCCCUCCAGGCUUGGGCAGGGAGAGGUUUUCCCACAAACUCACGGACACCCACUGCAGCACCCACAAAUCAGCUCCUCAUACACAGACCUCAAGUGCUAGACCAGUAUCGGCAACUGGAUUGCAAGAUGCUUCAACCCCAAUCAGUCAGGAGUGGCUGCCAGAGGCUGUGCCAAGGAUCUGAGGUUUGGUCUGGGCUCAGUGGGAGAGGGCAAUGUAAUCUCUAUUAGUAAUGUCUGCUGGAUACCUUGAGCUUGAUUAGUGAUGUCUGCCACAGGCACGGGAAUGGGAGGAUCGGGGGUGCCUGCCCUCCUUUCCUGUCUCUACUCUCUUCAGGGUCUGGGACAAGUCCAUUCUGUCUCAGACCCUGUGCCAGCUUCCAGCCUCCCCUCAUGCUUUCUAGCCACUGGGAGAGACAAAGCUGCAGCCCAGUGCUCCCUUAGUUUACCACCUGCCCCCUUCUGAGAUGCAGUCAGGGCUCUGUGCCUGCUGUAAAGACUUGGUUAGACCCUCUUCCCGUUGCUCCCUUUCCCCCUGCCACUCUCCUACUGUCCCCACCUGUCCUGGCCCUCUCUCCAGGUCUCCAAAUUGAGGCUUUCCAAAUUGUCCGUUAAUAGCCGGCCCUGGCAACUCCACGAUGCCAUGAGCUCCCUCGUGACUAGGCAUUCCUGGGAUCCUGGGGGCCCCACAGCUGGUACCCCCGCCCAGCAUGAGAAGGGCAUGGGGCCUGCCCCUCUAGACCCACCCACACGCUUACCUCCAGCUUCCUGGAAGAGGCAACUGGAUGGUCUGAGAUUGAACAAAAAA